AAUUGCACGUGCGUACCAUGUCUUCCCCGUCAGCCAAUCCAAAUCCACCAAACUUAAACUAAACACCCAGCGUGGACUCGCCGGUAACGCCAGAUAUGUUCGUUAGAGACACAGCUCAGAGAGCUUGAACCAAUCAGAGAGAGAGAGAGAGAGAGAGAGAGAGCGAGAUCGGUCUCUGAAUUUCGGACUCGGAGAGAGAGAUGGCGAUACUGUAUGCGGUGGUGGCUCGGGGAACGGUGGUGCUGGCGGAGUUCAGCGCGGUGACGGGGAACACGGGGGCGGUGGCUCGGCGGAUCCUGGAGAAGCUGCCGGCGGAGGCCGACUCCAGGCUCUGCUUCUCUCAGGACUCCUACAUCUUCCACAUACUUCGAUCCGAUGGCCUCGCCUUCCUCUGCAUGGCCAACAACACCUUCGGCAGGAGGAUACCUUUUUCUUACUUGGAGGAUAUUCACAUGAGGUUUAUGAAAAACUAUGGCAGAGUGGCCAACUAUGCGCCUGCUUAUGCAAUGAAUGAUGAGUUUUCAAGGGUCUUGCAUCAGCAAAUGGAAUUUUUCUCUAGUAAUCCUAGUGCAGAUACUCUAAGCCGUGUAAGAGGUGAAGUUGGCGAGAUACGUACUAUCAUGGUGGAAAACAUUGAGAAGAUACUGGAGAGAGGUGACCGAAUCGAACUUCUUGUUGACAAAACUGCAACAAUGCAAGAUGGUGCAUUUCAUUUUAAGAAACAGUCCAAGCGCCUUCGCCGAGCUCUUUGGAUGAAAAAUGCAAAGCUGUUGGCUCUGUUGACAUGCUUGAUUGUUCUGUUGCUGUACAUAAUAAUUGCUGCUUGCUGUGGAGGCAUCACACUACCUUCCUGCAGAUCGUGAUUUCCAUUCUUGCUGGUAUCAAAGUUCUGCUGAGGUUACAAAGCUUUUCUUCCGCUUUUUCCUCCUCCUCCCUUUGGUGGCAUAUGAUUGCACUUCCACUUCUUGCUCUUCUUGGAAAUGCUUACACGGUGAAGCCCACUUGUCAGACCUGUGUGAUGAUCCCGUUCCCCCUCCAAACUUUUUGUUUUCCUUCUAGAAAUUCUGGAAUCUUUUUUAUAUAGCAAAAGUAUUUUCCUUCGUUUUAUGUUAUUACCCUAUUUUUGCUUUUCUUCCUCCACUCAUGGCUGUGAAGUGAAGUGAAAAAUCAUCGACUACUACUGUAAGAACACUGUCUGCGCCAGCUGCAAAGCUUUUCAUGGAGAUUAGCGUCGGAGUGUGGAAAGACAGAAAAUAAAAAACGACAGAGGUUGAGUUUGGGUAUCUAGAAGGUUAUGUCCCUAUCUGAGUCCUUUGCACUGGGGUUCAGGUUGAGGUAGGGUUGAAGGAUCUCGUGACGGUAAUGCUCCUAUCUGCGCCUUGUUUUAUCGCGUUUAUUGGCGGUCUCGUUUUCUGAUGUCUGUGCCAAGAAUUAAUAGGGCCGCGUCAUUCAUUUGAUGAAUUCUUUUUUCUUUUUUUUAAUGUUCGGGUGCUUUUUGUUGGGUUGCACAACCCUAAUAUAUUGUUUUUAAUUAUUUUUCUUCUGUCAUGUACUUUUUUUUCUUUAAAAAAAAGUGUUGUCAUUCUAA